GGGAACAUUCGACGUCGGUGGAUCAGAAAUUUAUAGCAGAUGGAAAGUGAUAUUCAAAGCCCUAUGAACAGGAAGUCCAUAAAGGACGACAAUGUUGAUGCACCAUCACCAAGAUUUGCCCUGCUGGAAUCUGUGUCUGGCAGGUUUGAACAGAACAGGAGAGAGAGAGAGGAACGAAUUAAUCGUAUGAGGAACAGACAAGAGGCUGAGAAAGCUCACUCCCUGUAUCUAAAGCUCAAUGUGUCAUCUCCAUAUGAGCUACAACAAGCACGACAUGUGGCUGAAUCCUGGGCCAAGAGAAACGGUAGACAACGACCGCUGAUGACUGAACGCCAGCGUCAAGUGCUGCAACAAAUUGAAACUGUAGACAGGAGUAACAGACGUUCCCAGCGACUUGCAUCACCUCCAUCCCUGAAUAUAUCCAACAAUGCCAAUGACUACACUGAAACUUGUCCAAUCAUUGGGUGUCAAGUCAAGUUCACAAAUCAGCAGGAUCAUGAAAUGCAUGAACGUCAUUUUGAACAUUCCCCCUGCAAUCCCCUGCUACAGAUGCCCAAUGGCUGCCUGCCAGAUCAUCCUCUAGGGUUUGUGUGCCCGAAGUGUGGAGAAAGUUUUCAGCGAAAGAUUGAAUGUCAAGAGCACAUGGUGAUGUCAGACCACCUAAGUCUCUUCUCCCCGCUGCCCGUGAGUGCCUACAUGUGUCCACAGUGUCUACUCUUCUUCCCGGAGAAGAUGCGCUGCCACAACCACAUGGAGGAGCUCCACCACUUCGAGGUGGCCUACCCUUUCAAUGAUGAUCUCAACACCAAUCCAUCAUCAUGUCCAAAGACUGUACCAGUGACACAAGAAUUGGCAUGUGACUUCAUCCAGAAGGUGAAGGCUAGGUGUCCAACCUUCACCUUGACCUGUGUGGAGUGUCAGGUGGUGGUGGAAAAUCAGCAGGAGCUGGAUCAGCACCGGCGAGAGACAGAAGAGAUGCACAUGUUCUCAUCAUCAGCUUCUAGUAACCUGGCGGAAAUAUUUGCGGAGUACCUUGGGGACAGCACCUGUGAUACCUGUCUACAGGUCCUACAUACCCCACCAUCUGAUGGUAUCCACAAUUGUGGAACUGGCAUGCAGGGAGUCAGCAUCAACCUCAACUGUAAAUCCUUCAACGAGUUUGUACUUCGCUGUGGCCAUACACUCCAAAUGAAUCCUAGUGGGCAGACAUUGUCUGCAGAAGGGUCAGGUGUAACUCAUCAGCUUAGCUUGGAACCUCCACCCUGUCCACCAGAACCAUCUACUUCAGGACUGGCAGGAACCUCUCAAGGUCAUGUGGACAUUUAUUCCAUUGCAUCAGGAUCUUCUCCAGGUGAUGUGGAAUCUCUGCAUCUUGAUUCUGCAUCUACUACAGCAGGUGUGGACACUCAUCUUAGUAUGUCAGUGUCUUCUACUCCUGGAGGUGCUGACACUGGACGUCUUUCAUCCACAUCUUCAGAAGAAAGUGCUUCUUAUGUUGAUAAUGGCAGAAAGAGGUCCUAUGAUAAUGGCAGAAAGAGGUCCUAUGAUAAUGGAAGAAAGAGGUCCCAUGUAAUCGAAAUAUCUAGUUCCAGUGAGGAUGAGAUCUUAAAACUGACUUCAUCGGCAUGUAAGAGACGUAAAAUUAAUGCAAAGUCAUCAUCAAGUGCUAAAAAAUCAAAGAAAAGAAAAAAAUUGGCAUCCAGGAAAAGAAUAUCUUCGACCAGUGAGAAAAAUGAAUGUGAAGUUUCAGUUGAAAAUGAUAUCAUGUUCUGCAAAGACAACAAUGGGAACGAUAAACUUAAACCAAAUGAGCAAUUGGCUUGUUUAUCACAAGCAGAACAUCUUCAAUCAUCUCAUCAGGCGGCUUUGAAAGAAAAGCUUUCAGCAGAUUAUAUUGCAUCAUUAGCUCGUAAGGAACACUCGUCUAGCAAACCCUCUGGUGCAUCGACUAAAUGGCCCUCUCCUUUCACUUGUAACUUGCCAGUCAGGCGUCCUGUGAAAGGUCAGUCCAGCUCAUCAUCAACCUCUUCAUCUUCAUCAGAACAUCCUGUCAAGACUGACCCUGUUCAUCUGUUAACAUUUCGUGAACAAGGGCAAGACGCCUGUCCUCAGUCAUCAACCAAGCAGUCAACCAUUGGUCAUGCACUGAGGUCUUCUACAGAUGCAUCCAAAUCUCAGGCAGCAACAGUGAAAAGACCUAACUCUGUCAGCCCUUCCAGAUCUUUUGAAGCGUAUCCUGACAACCUGGAGGAGAUGAAUCUGGUUCUGUUUGUGGAUCUGGACAAUUGGGGCGGUUUCUUCAAGAAACUUCCUCGUAACCUGCCAGAGAAGAGCUUUGUGUGGGGUUUCUAUGGAGGGAAGCAACGAUGGGUUCCACCAAACAAGAAUAUGAUAUACAAGAAACUGGUGAAAAACAACUGUCUGCACAUCCAUGAGCAGUGUGGUACCAGUAAGGAUGCAGCAGAUUUCGCAAUAUGUCUCACAGUAGGGAAGAUGGAUGAGCGGCUACCCAAGCACAUACCAUUCACAAUACUGUCAGGGGAUAAGGGCUUCCUGGAAGUGGAGAGACAGAUGAAGAUGUCAUCACGCAAGAUGGUUGUCAUUGACCCUCACAAUGCUGAACAGCAUGACAACGAAGUACUGUACGCCAUGAUUAUCAGCUUGGCCAGUAACUAACAAUAUUUAUGGGAGAGUGUCAGUGUGGACUGGUACUGAUGAGGAUGUAAUACUGAACACCCUGAUCUGUGUUCCUAAUUGUGCAGCGAAGUCAAAGGGGACUUACCCAAAAAUAUAAAAGUAUAGGGCUCGAAUGACUCUCCAGAUUAGAAAAAAACACAGGAGAAGGCAUUAAGGACUCACAGACCUCACAGAUCCCAAUUGAGUUAAAACAUCUCUGGUUAUUUGGUUAAUGCCAUUCUGUGCAGGAUUGUGUUCCCUACCCUUGCUGUGAUGAGUUGGUUGUGGGGUAUGAAUCUGAAGUUCACUCAUGUAGUGAUCUUUGCUCAGCAAUCCUGAACCUUGUCAAAUUUUACAUCUAAACCUCAGGCCUUCCUAUCUGUCGGAAUGAAAAGACCACAAAUUGGAACAAUUUACGCGAUUAUCGAGUAUAGAGCAAUUGAAUGCGUUACAUAGCUCUCAAAUUUGAAAACAAAGCCGUAAUUAUCGUUAAGAAAGCAAUUUACAUUGGAUACACACGGUUGUAUGCAUAGUCAGCUAACGACUGUAGUUAAUUCCAAUUUUAUACGCUUUCGUUUCACAUUUAUAUGCAGUUACAUCGCAUAUGAGUUCUUUACAACCAAUGUGUGUGAAAUCUCAGCCCAUUGUCUUCUUUUGUUUCCGAUAGAUAGGAAGGCCUGAACCUGCAUCGCCAUGGCUCAUUAUUUUAAAGCUGUGUAUCAAACAACUGUAGUAGACCGAAAUAAAGAUUAUGUUUGUCUUACAGAUGUAACUGUCCAAAAGGUGA